AUGGCUGUCAUUGAAAUCACAUCACAAGACCAAUUCACAGAGCUCACAACCACGAAUGCAGGUGGCAAGCUGAUCGCGCUAUAUUUCCAUACUUCAUGGGCCGAGCCAUGCAAAACUAUGAAUGAAGUGUUCAAGGUGCUAAGUGAAGAGCCAGUUAACAAGGAUGUGGCGUUUUUGUCUAUCAACGCCGAUGACCAAGCUGAAAUUUCGGAAUUGUUCGAAGUGUCGGCCGUUCCCUACUUUAUUCUGCUUCAAAAUGGUACAAUUUUGAGAGAAAUAUCAGGCGCAGAUCCCAAAGAGUUUGUUAACGCUUUAAACCAAUACAACGGCGCCGGUUCGUCUGCAGCUGCUUCUGGUGAAGCGGCACAGGCAGCAGAAGAAGAAACGCAGGAAACGGAGGAGGAACUUGCAGAGAGACUAGGAAAGUUGACACAGGCUGCACCUGUGAUGCUAUUUAUGAAGGGUACUCCAUCCGAGCCCAAAUGUGGAUUUUCUAGACAGAUGGUGGGCAUACUAAGGGAGCACCAAGUGAGAUUUGGGUUCUUCGACAUCCUAAAGGACGACUCCGUGAGACAGGGACUCAAAAAGUUCUCCGACUGGCCAACCUUCCCACAACUAUAUAUUAAUGGCGAAUUCCAAGGUGGACUGGAUAUUAUUAAAGAAUCGCUAGAAGAAGACCCAGACUUCUUCCAGCACGCUAUGAAUGCCUAA